GCGGAACGCUAGGUUUCCUCAUGCCGCUAGCUCGAUCAAACUUGCCUGUGCUCCCCCGUGAGCUCAAAGCCACCUCUUCAGAGCAAGUUGCUUCUCUCUGGUCAAACUACGGCUACAUUUAUCGUCUCCAUCUCUCAUCCGAACCGCACACUUUAAUAUUCAAAUCGAUUCACCCGCCCGCGGUCGCACACCCUGACGAGUCGCACCUCCGAAGGCUGCUCUCAUAUGACGUCGAGCGAUGGUUCUAUCGGCACCUUACCUCUCGCCUGCCUGAAACUGUCAAGGUCGCGAAAGACUACCCGUUGCAGAGCGACGCUGAGCACAGCUUGCUCCUUGAAGAUCUUUCGAUAGAGUUCCCGUACCCCGCAAGCGGAAGCCUGGACAGGGACGCGACUACAUGCGUCUUGCACUGGCUUUCCGGCUUUCAUGGCACAUUCUUCCGUACCCAUAGCCGCGAAGGUGCGGUAAGACUCCCUCUGGUUCCGCCGCCAAUGCAGUGGAAAUCAGGCGAGUCGGCCGGGGUCUGGGAGCGAGGGACCUACUGGUACCUUGACACCCGCAGAGAAGAGCUGGAGCAGACCAAUGAGGACGAUUAUAGCUGGCUCAUGCCCUGGGUCGAAAAGGUACGUCUUGUGAACGACGCGGUCAACCAUGAGGUUGAAGCGUACGGCACGCUCAUGCACGGCGAUGUCAAGGGCGCAAACAUUGUAUUCAAUCGAGAUCCAUACCCACGACGUGGAGGCAAGGCGUCGUCAUCCGCUACGGAAUUGGCUCUGUGCUGUGCUCUAUACGACUUCCAGUACGUAGGGCUCGGCUUGUCCACGCUCGACCUAGUGUACUUCCUGGGGACAUCUGUGGAGCCAAAGCUCUUGAGAUCUCUCGCGGAUGAACGCGAGAUACUCCAGGAGUACUUCGACAGGUUCCAAGAAGUCGCUGCUCGAGAACCAGCCGACGGAUCCGAAUAUACUUUCGACAAAUUUUGGGCGCAUUGGGAACUGUCUAUCGUUGACUGGUGCAGGUUUAUGGCAGGCUGGGGCUUUUGGGGGAACGACCGGUGGGUCGAGCGUAGGGCGAAAGGAAUCGUGGAGAGUUGGGACACGUCAGAUUUCCCUUUUCUGGGGCCGCAAGCCUUGGGUAGCUAAACAGUGUGUAAGACUUACAUGCGGCUAUCACCUCUAAUUCUCUCACAUUACGGUCACUUAGAUGCCGUUCAGUUGAGGCGGAUUUGUUCUAGCAGUGUAUACGUAAAUGAAGGUAUCAUUCUAGCUUUGGCACCUGUCUAUCCUUGAAGGCAGAGUCAGCGCUAUUCAGCGCACGCUAACGUCUGCUACCUUGCAGCGUGCGGAUGUCUAAUCUCGAAAGCUUGACGGCCGUCGUCCCUAACUGUGGCAGUGCGAAAACCCAGAACAAAACAAAGAAAAGCGUAAAGUGGAGGAUGGCGCCAGGGGGCGAAUGUACCUGACAAUUGCUUCCCCGUACUCUUGUGCGUGCGCAGACUUGCGCGAAAUAACUGCCCGUCGACGACUUCUAGAUGCCCAUCAUAUCAUAAAGUCAACUCUCAUAUAAGCCCUCCAAGACUGUAGGCCUGUAGGGGUCAUACACGCGCCAAAAGAUUCUAAACUGAACCUACACCCUGCAAUGGUACUUUAGUACGGUCAAACUAGCCGAGAAAAAUAAAGACGGAGUAGAAGAGGAGACAGAGGGAUAGACGGGGAGUUGGCACAGGAAGGGUAUGAAAAAAAUGGUAUACAACAGCGGCAAGGGCACAAGGAUAACAGGAAGGGUACGCGAUACAAUACGGUCACGGCGCAGUCGAUAAUAUGAAGCACAGCUUUCAGACCUAGUCGCGAUUAGAACGAGCGCACCUUCGUCGCGAAAAACAGAGUCUCACCAAGGCAGUCAUUCAAUACCUCACAGCAGCCGCAGUCUGCGCGCCAUGGAGGCUGCUCGCGCGACGCGACAUGCGCCAGUCGCCGGUGCCCUGGCCGAGGUACUGGCCAGGGUUCUUCAGCGGUGCGUUGCUGCGGUCAAGGCACUCGAGGGGAACGACGCCCUGCUCGCUGUGCGAGUUGAGGCAAAGCGUCCAGCCGUCAUCGUACUCGUUCAGCACGCGCACCGUCUCGCCAACAGUGACCGAUAGCUCGUCUGGCAGGUUCGGGAUGUACGUGCACCGGACGCACGCGUAGUUCGCACCCGCGGACGCAGGACUGAGUGAGACCGCAGCGCCGCCAGCUGUGAGCGUUGGGCUCUGCACCGGGGCCCCGACGGGGAGUGGGUUAUUGUACGACAUAGGCGGAGGUGUGAGCGCGGGCACGGUCGGAGAGGCGAGAGUAGUGAGCUUCUCGGGGACCUGGGGCGGGUUUGCGCCAUCGUUGCGGAGGUACAUCUUCUCAGAGAUGUCGUUCUCACGGUCCUGCCCGGGGCCGAAGUCGGGCUUCGGCCAGACAAACGUCUCAUGACGCUUCGCGCGGCGGCGCAGGAAGAUCUUGCGGAUGACCCACACGAGCAUGACGACUGCGGCGAUGAUGGAGACCGCGACUAUGCCUCCGAUCGCGCCUCCAGAGAGGCCUUUGCUCGAGGUAGUGGACGCUUGAUCCGCGCCGCUUGUCGGAGCAGCAGAGCCGGUGACCGUGCUCGAGAGGGUGCCAACGAAAGAGUUGCCAUUAUCGACAACGGAUGUGCUGCUAGAUGGUAGCGGAGUGACAGAUGGGUUUGCAGAACUAGCAGAGGAGGCGCCCGAAGAGUUCGAGCUAGUAGCUGAACUGGAAGAAGUGGAAGAACUUGCAGUAGACGGAGCCGAGGUUUGCGCGGAGGAGCUCGUCUGGGAUGACCUCGUCUGGGCCUGCGUGCUUGACUGCUGAGCGGAGGUGGGCGUAGGCGUAUUGGCCGUGGGGGGAACCGUGCUCUCCACAGGAACGAGCACUGUUGCGAUAUUGGUUUGAAGGAUGGUGGUGAAUGGCAGCACGACGCUGUUGACAAUUGUCGUUACACUCUGUGUAAAUCCUUCCCCUCCGCCAGCAUCUCCCAGAACUGGAAUAUCCAACAAGUCUGUACCAUCUCCCACAUUGCCUAAAUCAAGAAGUCCGGGACUGCGAGGAUAGUUGUCGCGUGGAGUCUUUUCUUGCGCGAUAUCGUUGCCAAAGGAUGGAAGUCGCGCUAAUUGACGUCGGUGCCGGCGCCCCCGCACGGCGGGAGAUAAAUGGCUCGAGGACAUUGUUGAUGCUUUGUGAGCGUGAUGCAAAAGGAGCGAUGCAAGAAAAGAGCGAACGUCGAGCUCGUCGACAGGGUCGAUGAGGGCGGGAACAAGGGCGAAGAUGUUGGCUGACCACCUCGUUUUUGUUGCACUUGGGGCGCGGUGGGAACCGC